GGAGGGAAAAGUAACUCGUUGUGCGUUAUUGUACCCAUGUGUGCAGUGUCUAGUGUAAACGUCCUCUCGGUCAGGGUGGAAGGGUGGGGGUCAAACUGCUGGGUUUGAUCCGUUUAGGAAGUUUAUGCUGAUGAUUUAAAACCCAGGAGUCGCUGGUGUGAGUAGCUAGCUGGGGCACUCUGGGGAAGGUGCAUGAGGGAGUUUAUUGGAGAGGAAAUUGCUACUUCAGAGAAUCGGGUCAAUUUCGCCCGGGACAACAAAAAUGCCGGCGAUCAAUAUAGAGGAUCUGAGCGAAAAGGAUAAACUGAAAAUGGAAGUUGAGCAGCUCCGGAAAGAAGUGAAGUUGGAAAGACAACCGGUGUCCAAAUGUUCUGAAGAUAUAAAGAACUACAUUGAAGAAAGAUCUGGAGAGGAUCCUUUGGUCAAGGGUAUUCCUGAAGACCGGAAUCCCUUUAAAGAGAAAGGAGGCUGUGUCAUUGCAUGAAAGAAAAGUCUGCAAUUGGAACAUACGUUAUUGUACCUUUAGUGGAUAACUAUUUGUCCUCAGUUCCAUGGGUCCUUGUUGAACGAGUACUGUCAAUGGAUUAAAAACAACAACCUUGAAUGAGAAUCUUGUUUAUCUCUUUAUCAUUUUAUAUGAUCUAAUUAUAUCUCACUACUUGAUAAUACUUUGUCUUCUAAAUAUUGUUCCCCAGAGGGGACCGAUACUUGCUUAAUGUACUAAUGGGCAUUUGCGUGUAGUGUCUGUUUAGCAUGUGGUUUCUUGAUUCUUGCAUUUACUAGCUCGUUUUAAUAAAAACUCUUGCUUGUA